AUGGAUGAACAGCCGACUGCCUCAUUUACAGGAUCAAGCUUACAUGCGUCAAUCAUCUCACCCAUUCACAUGUCCAAUCUACCUCUAAACAUAUUGGAGCAUAUUCAGCAACAUAACGGUAACGUGAUUACCUCCUUACCGAAUAACACUAUCUCGCCUGAGAGCGAUGAAAAAUCAAAGGGACUCACGCCCGACGAAAGAAGACAGCGCAGGUUACUGAGAAACAGACUGGCGGCCAAAGAUUGUCGUAAAAAGAAGAAGGAAUAUAUCAAACAGAUGGAGGAGAGAAUUAGCCAAUUGGAGAGUGAAAGGAUCGAGCUAAAAGAAAAAGUGGACGAAUUAAAAGCAAAAAUUGCAAGUGUCCCUUCUGCAGAACAAAUGAUGAUGAACAAUGAUGACAAUUAUAAGCUUAUGAAGGAGGUGGAAGCGUUAAAUGCUAAACUUGGAAAUAUGCAAUAA